CUUUUUAAAGUUCUAUUCUCCAGAGAAGAAGAACGAAAGCUACCGGUACCGUAUCCCCAUUGGCUGUUCCCUCACCUGCCUGUAGAGGAUUGUUGCCAACGAGGUUGCUUCAUCAGGUUAUCAUGUUUCUAUAACAGACGUCUCCGAAGAACGACCUAUCAUCUCAAUGAACUGGAAGCCUUGGCCACCCAACCGUACCGGUAGAGGUGCAUUGUCUCGGUAGUAUUGCAAGCCCAAUGCAGCUCAAACUUGGACGCAUCUCUCUUCAACGUAAAGUUGAAAACAAAGGGAAUAGACGGUUGAAAACAAAGGUAAUAGACGCAUUUCAAGAUCACAACAAGGAAUUUCAAUGUAGCAUUUUGGGCUCGUUCCAGGCAUCGGUUCUCUACAAAGAUGAUGGCUGCACCUAUUAUUACAACUCCUUGGUGUCAGAUGGGAUUGCACAUCAAACUUCUUGCGGUGCUGAUGACUAAGACGCUCAAGCAAAGUGCCUUCCAACCCAACCCCGCCGCCAAGCAAAGCCUCCCUGCUUCACGGUGACAUCAACGGGUCCAACAUCAGAGAAUUUUGCGACUUGCUUCGCUUUUGCGACUUCGAAGCUUGUAGAGCUGUUACACGGUUCGAGUCGAGUCUCAGGUCAUUCAGGCCCAGUUUUUGUCGCAAAGCGAUCGCGAGAUCGCGAGUGCUUCGACUGCUUCAACAGUGCAAUCGACAGAUCGCAAAUCGACGCCAUCACGGUGGACACGACAAGCAUCACCUGAGUAGUUGAUGCGAUUUUCGCUUCAUAAUAAAACUCUUGAUCUUGAAACAGGAUACUGGUUUGAAAAUACUCCCUUGCUUUUGCUCUGAAAAGGUUUCGAUAUACCCAUGAUGGUUUCGACGUUACAGCCACCUCCCAGAAAGCACAAGAAAAAGAAGAAGGACACGCUUUCAGGAAGAAACACACAAGAUAUUCUAAAGAACGGUCUUUCGUCUGUUCAUCCACACUCGAAGAAAAGAAAGGAGCAGCCUUCACUGAAGACAGAAAUCGCUGCUGUGUACGAAGAAGAUCUUGGACUAGCUGGGAUCAAGAAAGCCAAGACAAGUACUAUUUCCAGUCCAAUUCUGCAGAGCUCAUCCGAAGGGCGAAAGCUACAAAUCUCCGAAACGGCCGAAGAGAAGCUUCGAAGAUUGCGUCGUAAGGCUCGCUUUGAUGCUGAGGGUGGAAGGAAUAAAUCAGCGACCAAGAAGAAGUCAUCGAACAAACUUUCUGCAUUCACGGUAUCAGCAGCUCCUUCCAAGAGAUCAGAAUUGCCAAAGGAACCAGACUUUCUAUCCAAGGCUCUCUCUUCUGGGCGAAGAGACGCUGCUGCUUCCGUUGGAUCUCGAAAAGGAGGCACUAAGAGUUCUCAAAGUCGGCAUGGACAACUUGUUGGGACGAGCCAAGCACUCGAGAAACCCUACCUUCGCCUCACAACACAUGCUCGUGCCGAAGAUGUACGCCCAAUGGAAGUGCUCAUCAAGUCUCUGGCACAUAUCAAGAGCAAAUAUUACCAGGAAGAAGACUUUGAAUGGGCCAAUGAGCAGCUAAAGAGCGUCCGCCAAGAUAUCACAGUACAAAGGCUACGAAAUCGGUUUGUGUUGGAGACAUAUGAAACCCAUGCUAGGAUACUACUAGAACAUGGGGAUUUGGCAGAAUUCAAUCAAUGCCAGACCAUGAUACGCUACUUGACAACCACGGGGCUGGAACAUGAAGAUACCAUGGCCACUAUGAGCAAUGCCUCGGAUUUGGAUACUGAGGAAGGAGAAGCGCUACAGCAGACAGAAGAAGCAUCGGAUGAGUUCCGAGCGUAUCACGUCUUGUAUUCACUGGUUCAAACAUCCUGGGACGACUUGACACGGGCACUGGUGCGAGUAAGAGAAAUCAUUCGGGAAAAGGAGGAGAACGGCUGCAAGACGGCCAGUGCCCGACAUAGUCUGGGUGUGAUGAAAGCUGUUGUCCAUAGCGAUUACCACGCAUUCUUCAAGCUGUACGAAUCCGCUCCACACAUGUCCGCGUACCUCAUGGACUUUUUGGUCAAGCGUAUGCGGGAAAUGGCUUAUGAACGGAUCAUUGCGGCGUACCGUCCCACAAUCUGCGUAGAAUACUUUCGAGGGGCUCUUCACUUUCCAGAUAUGGAAGAGACGAGGUUGUUUCUGAGGCAAAUGGGAGCAAAGUUUGUCAGAGGCGAGCAGCCACCGCUGUGGGUCGACUGCAAGGCCUCCAUUUCCAGAAAGUAAAAAGGCAAGUCAGGUGAUUAUGACUUCAUUUGGUACACAUUUUAUUACAUGCAGCACUCGCGAUCAUCGGAACUAUAUCAACAACUUAUUUUCGUGCUGGGUCCGUGCGUCGAUGUGAAGAAAGAGCAGGCUUGCCAUUGACUGCUUUACUGUAUUAUUCCAUUCCGGAUGAGAGGGGUUUCCUCUUGCAUUUUCAAGUGGGCAACUAACAUAAGAAAAGGGAAUGUUGGCCUUAUUACCAGCUAGUUACUGCUAGUAUAUAUCUUACCCUUACGAUAGUUUGUCACGUUUCUUGGGGAG